AUGGACACUAUGACUACCACCUCUGGUGUUAACACCCCUUACGUUUCUGACAAUGAAACCGUCUCGAGCGCCACCACUGCGCCAACUCCUCGCGAUGACUACAGCGCUGUCAUCGGUAUGGCGUGCCGAGUUCCAGGCGCCUCUUCCCCUUCCAAGCUCUGGGAAAACAUCAUGAACAAGCGUGAUGUGCAGAAGAAGAUGCCUGCUGAUCGCUUUAAUGUCGACGCUUACUACCACCCGGAAGGAACCAACAAGGGAACGACCAAUGCCAAAUACGGUUAUUUCCUCGACCAGGACCUUGGCAUGUUCGAUGCUGGAUUUUUCCAUAUCUCCGGCAAGGAAGCUGAGGCCAUGGACCCCCAGCAACGCCUUUUGCUCGAAGUUGUGUACGAGGCGCUGGAAAAUGCUGGCAUUACACUCGACGAAAUCCGUGGCACCCAGACUUCCGUGUACUGUGGUUGUUUCACCAACGACUACAACUCCAUGAUUACCAAGGAUUUGGAGUACUAUCCCAAGUACACCGUCACUGGAACUGGUGAUGCUAUUCUCUCCAACCGUAUCUCCUACUUUUACGACUUGCACGGCCCCAGUGUGACCAUCGACACUGCCUGUUCUUCGUCUCUCGUUGCACUGCAUCUUGGAAACCAAUCUCUCCGCACUGGAGAAUCUGAUUUGUCAAUUGUUGUUGGAUCUGCUCUCCACUACGACUCCAACAUCUUCGUCACUAUGACCGACCUUGGUAUGCUUUCUGUUGAUGGUCGCUGCCGUCACGGAGACAAGGAUGGUAGUGGCUAUGUUCGUGGUGAAGGUAUUACUGCCAUUGUCAUGAAGAGACAGUCCCGUGCCGAGAUUGAAGGAAACCAAAUCCGCUCCAUCGUCAGAGCUUCUGGUGCGAACCACGACGGAAAGAAGCAAGGAAUUACCCUUCCAUCGGCUCAGGCCCAGGCGGCCCUGAUCGAAAGAACAUACAAAGAGGCUGGCCUCAGUCCUGCUGAUACUCAGUACGUCGAAUGUCACGGUACCGGUACCGCUGCUGGUGACCCUCGAGAACUCCGCGCCCUUAGCUCUGUCUUUGCCGCUACGCGCGAAGAACCCCUCUGGAUCGGUUCAGUCAAGACAAACAUUGGCCAUCUUGAGGGAGCCUCUGGAUUGGCUGGUAUUAUGAAGGCGACAAUGGCCUUGGAACACCACCAAAUCCCACCAAACAUGCAUUUCAAUGCUCCUAACGCCGAAGUUGACUUCAAGGGAUGGAAGCUUCGUAUUCCCACCGAAGCUGUGGAUUGGACUGUCCCUGAGGGCGUGGCUAGACGUGUCUCUAUCAACAGUUUUGGUUACGGAGGAACCAACGCCCACAUCAUUAUGGAGGAAUACACUCGUCCAGCGUCUACCAAACUUAGCCUUCCUAACAACUAUGCUGAAAUGGUUAAGGGCCGCCCAUACCUCACCCCUAUCACGUCCCACUCCGACAAGGCUGGUAAGUUGAUGGCCGACAAGCUUGCCGCUUACCUUGAAACCAACCCAGAUAUCAGCAUUGCCGACUUUGCUACAACUCUUAGCGUUGAGCGAAGCAUGCACGAUUUCCGCUCCUUUGCUUUUGGAGCAACUAACGAAGCUGUUGUCAGCAGCUUGAAGGAACCACUUCCUGUUGCUGCCUGGGCCAGCAAGAUGACAUCUGUGCCCCGACUUGGCUUCGUCUUCACUGGUCAAGGUGCUCAGUGGUGGGGAAUGGGCCGACAACUGCUUGAGAUGAACCCUCUUUUCCGCCAAUCACUGGAAAAGUGUGACGAUAUCCUUCAGGCCCUCCCCGAUAAACCUGACUGGACAGUCAUUGGCGAACUUCUCCGAUCCCAGGAAGAUUCUCGUUUGACUGAAACCCGAUUCUCCCAGCCGAUUUGCACCGCCCUCCAGCUUGCUCUUAUCAACCUCCUUGCUUCUUGGGGAAUACGCCCAUCGGCCGUUGUUGGUCACAGCAGUGGUGAAUUAGCUGCUACCUAUGCCGCCGGCAUUUUGUCCUUUGAAAAUGCCAUGGUCGCUGCUUACUACCGUGGUCUCUACAUGGGCAAUGCCGCAGCAAGCUCCGACAGUGUGCCUGGUGCUAUGAUGGCAGUUGGUUUGACUGAAGUUGAAGUCGCCAAUGAGCUCAAACCAUAUGCUGGCCGCAUUGCUGUCGCUGCUAUGAACAGUCCCACCAGCUUCACAGUCUCUGGAGACGAGGAUGCCGUUGUUGAACUUCAAGCUAAGCUCUCUGAACGCAAGGUCUUUGCUCGCCGUCUCCAAGUCGGCCAGGCUUUCCACAGUCACCAUAUGCUUCCACUCGCCCCUGGAUAUGAGCGUGCUUUGAAGAACCACCCUGGAUUUGCUCCACAGCCACCAACUGCUCGCAUGUUCUCCAGUGUCACUGCUCGAGUUGCCGACUACCAGAACAUGGGGCCAGCUUACUAUGCUGCCAACAUGACUGGCCAAGUCAAAUUUUCUGAUGCCCUUACCGGCAUCGUGCUCAACGAGGAUGAUGAACAAAACAUUGAUGUUUUGGUUGAAGUUGGCCCUCACCCUGCUCUCAAGGGACCAUCUAACCAAACCCUCAACUCUCUCAACAUCAAGUUGCCAUACAUUGGUGUUCUCGAUCGAAAGGUUGCUGCAUAUGACAGUAUUCUCAGCGCUGCUGGUCAACUGUUCGCUAUGGGUUACCCAGUCGAUAUCCCCGCUGUUAACCAAGAUAAAUACAUUGAUGCCAACAACCAUCUUGUUGCUGUUGACAGUGGUGUUAAGCUUCUUGACUUCCCUACCUAUGCAUGGGACCACCAAAGAUACUGGUCUGAAACCCGUAUCAUCAAGAGCCACCGCCUUCGCAAAUUCAGACACCAGAUUCUCGGUGCUCAGAUGCCUGGAUGCCUCGAAGACCGCCCAAGAUGGCGCAAUUAUCUUCGCCUGGCUGAGAUGCCUUGGCUCGUGGACCACGCUGUUUCCGGCAAGGUUGUUUUCCCUGGUGCCGGAUAUAUUACUAUGGCUAUUGAGGCUGCCAUCCGCCUGGGUAAUCCAGAAGAGCCAAUCAAGGAGAUCCACCUCCGAGACAUCGCCAUCAAAUCCGCCCUCAUGGUUAGCAACAGCGAUAUGGGUACGGAAGUUUUGCUUGAACUGCGCCCUGCAACUGAAUCAGCUAAGACUGUUCACUCGACAUGGAAAGAAUUUGCCAUUUUCUCUUUCGAUGGUGAUGCGCUGCGAGAACAUUGUACUGGUCUGAUUCAGGUAGAGAUGGGCCAAGAACAGCCUGUCCACCGCAUUAAGCAGCGCGCCCCGGCUGCAGAGCUUCGAGCCAAGAGUAACAGAACUCUUGCUCACAGCAAAUAUUACCAACGACUGGCAACCAUUGGCUUGCACUACGGUCCAGCCUUCCAGUGCCUCAAUGGAAAUGUGGAAUGCGGUAAAGGGUUUGCCACUGGAGAAAUAACGUGGGAGCCCAAGAUGGUUUCAACAAGCCCUGAUGAUGCAAGCGCCAGCGUCCUCCACCCAACAUUCUUAGAUUCCUCCCUGCACCCAAUCUUCGCUGCAGUUGAGGGCCUCCUGGGUCAUGGUAUCACGGAGUCUUUCAUUCCAACCUUCAUGCGCUCCCUAAAAAUUUCAGGACUUCUUAACCGCAAGGAGUACAAGUGUGAUGGAUUCAAGGCCGACGUUGCCGUCGAUAGUUGGAUGCAUGGCCCCCGUGUUGCAAUCAGCAACAUUGGUAUUGAAUCCAAGGAUGGCAAGCUGUUGGCUGAUAUUGAAGGACUAGAACUCACCAGCCUUGGAAGCGAUGCUGAUGACCAGCAAAAGCGAACCCUCUUCUUCGGAAUCCAGUGGAAGCCCGCUUUUGAGUUCUUGACUCCUGCUCAAGCUCAAAAGCUAAGCACCCCUGAGAUCGUUGAGCUCUACGUUCAUCAGAACCCUAACCUACGAUUCCUCCACUAUACUGACUCCCACACCUCUACUUUGGAUAUCCUAAACAAGCUUGGUGGCUCCAACGGCGAGAGACGCAAAUUUGGAAAGUUGACUGUUGUUCCAGUUGGCUCAGCUGAAGAGGCAAGCUUUGCGCCACUUGUUGAGCGUUGGAAUGGCCUUGUGUCUCUCGAAGCCCCAGUAGAGGAGGAGAAGUUCGACGUUAUCAUCGUAUCCGCCUCGGCUGAAGCAGUUGAUGUCCAGAAGCUCAAUGAGAACGGCCUCAUUAUCUCUCAGUCACCUAAUAUCCCAGCUGCUGAUGGCCUCCGACAACUAUGGUCUACCCCAGAUGUCACUGUCGUGAAGAGUGGUGAAGAAUCUUUGUUCACUCCAGACACCUUGACAAUUCUCAUGCCAACUAACCCAUCAGCCGAAACUGAGGCUCUUGCUCAGAGGAUUGAAUCGUCCACCUCCGCUACUGUAACCAGGAAAGACUUCCUAUCCCUCAGGAAUGGCACAAGGAUGGAUAACAACAUUAUUUCACUAUACGCCCUUGACGUGAAUAUUUUCUAUGAUGAUCCAUCCAAGGCUUUGAACGAAUUCAAGGCAGUUCAGUCUCUUACGAGCGAUGCGAGCCGCAACAUUGUCUGGCUCAGUCAGGGAACUUUCAUGGAUUGUCCCUGCCCAGAGCAAGCCAUGUUCCCGGGUCUUGCACGCUCCGUCCGCCACGAAACUGAAGACCUCAGAAUUGCCAUUCUUGAUAUCACUAAGUCCGCUAAAGGUGAUCUUUCUGGGAGCCUUGUUCUUCAAAUGCUCAACCCGGGUCUCCAUGAGGAGGAAAUUGCCCUUAGAAAUGGCCAAAUCUACGUGUCCCGUUUACAUGCCAACGAUGAGUUGAACUCGAAGAUCCCAGGUGGUUAUAACCACCAGGCAACCAUGCAACCUUUGCACCAAAAGAAUAGGCCACUGAAGCUGGUCAUCGGACGCCCUGGUCUCUUGGAGACUCUCUCAUUCGCUGAUGAUACUGAGAUUACCGAUGAGCCCCUCCGAGAUGAUGAACUCGAGAUCGCCGUUAAGGCAUCUGCCAUCAACUUCCGUGAUAUUGCUCUAAGUAUGGGCAUCAUUGAGGAUUACAAACUCGGAGAUGAAUGUUCUGGUGUAGUCAUCCGCAAGGGAUCCAAGGUUCCUGACGAACAAUUCCAGAUUGGUGACCGCGUUGUCGCCCUCCGCCCUGGUGAGGGUGCCCAUCGAACUAUUGCUCGCAACCCAGCGUGCUACUGCGCUAAGAUUGGUUCUAUGCCAUUUGGCCAGGCCGCUUCCUUCCCUCUAGUUCUUGCUACCGCCUACUUCUCUCUCGUUGAGGCUGCUAGGCUCAAGGAAGGGGAAACUGUUCUCAUCCAUGCUGCUGCCGGAGGUGUUGGUCAGAUGGCCAUCCAGGUUGCUCAAUUAGUUGGAGCCAAGAUCAUUGCUACCGUUGGUUCUCAGGCCAAGAGAGAUCUUUUGAAGAAUACCUACGGUCUCGCCGAUGAGCAAAUCCUUAACUCUCGUGAUGAUACCUUCGUUGAGGGAGUGCAUCGUCUUACAAAUGGCUGGGGUGUUGAUGUUGUCCUUAACUCCCUUGCUGGAAAACUCCUCCACGCUACAUGGACCUGUCUUGCUCCCUUCGGUCGAUUCAUCGAAAUCGGCAAACGUGAUAUUCACCAAAACAGCAAGAUUGAGAUGGACCCCUUUAGAAAGAACGCCACUUUCGCCAGUGUUGAUUUAGUUACCAUGUUCAACCUUGCCAACAGGUCGAUUGCCACCAAACUAUUCAAAGAGAUUUGCGAGCUAUUCGAGCAAGGAAAGAUUCGUCCAAUUCCUACUGUUGAACUCCAAUAUGCCGAGGCUGAAAAGGCUUUCCGCAUGCUCCAACUCGGAAACGUCGCUGGUAAAGUGAUACUCGCUCCAGGAGAUGACAACCAGGUCCUUGUUCAACCAAACACCAACGAGAGCCGAGCAGCUCUGAAGGCAGACAAAACAUAUCUCCUCGUCGGUGGCCUUGGUGGUCUUGGUCAGAAACUUGCGGAGUGGCUUUACCGCCGAGGAGCCAGACAAUUGGCUUUCCUUUCCCGAUCUGGUGCUGACAAGCCUGAAGCCAAGGAAGUUGUUAAAUGGCUUGAAGAUCGACAGGUGAAUGUUCAAGUCUUCAAGGCUGAUGUAUCGAACUUUGAUGGAGUCAACAAGUGUAUCCAGACCAUCAAGGAUAACCUUGCCGGUGUCUUCCAAGCUGCCAUGGUUCUUCAAGACUCCCCCUUCGACAAGAUGUCAUUCGACCAGUGGAGAAUUUCCACAACGCCCAAAGUCAUGGGUACUUAUAAUCUCCACAAGGCCACCCUUGAUGUUCCUCUAGACUUCUUUGUCUGCUUUUCGUCCCUUUCUGGUGCCGUUGGAACCAAGGGCCAAGGAAACUAUGCCGCUGGCAACUCCUACAUUGACUCCAUUUGCCGAUACAGACGAGAGAAUGGGCUACCAGCUACCACUAUGGAUAUCGGUAUGGUUGUUGGUAUUGGUGCUGUAUCUGAAGAUGCUCAGCUUCAAGCUGUCAUGGAACGAGUUGGAUAUGACCCGGUCAACGAGGAGGAACUGUUCACUCAGAUUGAAACUUCCGUUUCCUGGGAUCAAUACAAGACUCUCGAUAGCAAUGGCUUCGAUGCCCAUCAAACUAUAACUGGGCUCAAUAUGAGACGCCCUGACUACUACUGGACCUCAGGCCCCCGCAUGAAGAACAUCUAUCGGAACCACGACUUUACCUCUUCAGGAAACCUCGGCAAGGCUCAGAAGAGCGUAAUGGCUCUUCUCCGCGCUGCGGAUACUGCUGAUGACCGACUCAACAUCUUAAUCGAGGCAUUUAUUGAAAAGAUUGCUCUAAUCUUGUCUAUCGAUAUUGAAAACGUGCAGCCCAGCCGUAGUCUUGCAGACUAUGGCCUCGAUAGUAUUGUGGCCAUCGAAAUCCGCAAAUGGUUCUUCAAGACUGUUGGUGUUGAGCUUGCCCUAUUUGAUGUCCUUGGCAGCUCAAGCAUCCGCGGCCUGGUUGAAAAAGUCUCAGAAGCCAUUGUUUUGGAAGAAGCUGAGGUUGAGGAUACUAGCAAGCAACAAACCUCCAAGCGUGCUGUUCGAUCUUCAAAUGCCAAAGAUGCUGCAGAGUACCCACUUGGUGAGAAGUCAUUCAAGGUCUCAGCCGACGACGAAGUUCCCAUGUCCACUUACCAGAGAAGGUUGUGGUUCAUCCAUAACUUGAUCGAAGACAAGUCCUUCUUGAACUUGCCACUAAUUGCCACCAUCAAGGGCAAGCCAGAUGUUCAGGUAUUCCAAAUGGCCCUCGAGGAGCUGAAGCGACGAAAUGAUGUUCUCCGCACUGCCUACUUUGAAGGAGAUUCGUUUGCCCAGCAGAUGGUCACUGAUGACUGCUCAGUGGAGCUUAACUUCCUUGAUUUCACUGAUGCCCACGAUGUCGAUGCUGAUAUCGAAGAUUUCAUCGACGAGCAAAUCCACGAGCCUCUCGACAUCGAGAAUGGAGAAAACAUCCGAUGCACUCUUAUCCAAACCGGUGAGGAGGAGUUUGCUAUCGUCUCCAUCGUCCACCACAUCUCCUUCGACCGUGGUAGCAGUGAAUCCCUUCUUGACCAGGUCUGCAGCCUUUACAAUUGCCUGCGCAACGGUGACGACCUUGACGGCGUUAAACAACCUGCCGCCGCCUACUCUGAAUUUACCAUGUGGCAUAAUGACCGCCUGAAGUCUGAGGAACAGCAAAAAGAUGUUGAUUUCUGGAAGGCCAAGUAUCAAGAUCUCCCUGGUCCCACCAAGUUGCUUCCCUUCGCAAAGGCGGAGCGACCAGAGUCCAACGAUUACAAGCGAAGCGUCCACCAGGGUCUAUUGAAGAAGGCUUCUCACCAGAGAAUGAAGAGAAUCUGUGCACGUCUAGGAAUCACCCCGGCCCAGUUCCUCAUGGCCGCAUUCAGAGCAUUCAUCUACCGCUACACAGAGCAGGAUGACCUGACUAUCCACAUGAUUGAUGGAAACCGACCUCACCCAUCUGUCAGCGAAACCAUCGGAUUUUUCGUCAACGUUAUUCCAGUUAGAUGCUCUACCAAUAACGAGGCUGACUUUGAGAGUCUCCUCCGUGAGAUGAGCGGCCUUAUCCUCGAGUCCAUGUCCCACUCAAACGUGCCAUUCGACCUUAUUGUUGACGCCGUUGGGGUUCCAAGAAACCCAGCUUACUUCCCUCUGGGUCAAGUUGUUGUGAACUACCAGAUGCACGGAAAGAUUCCUACUUACACCACCGAUGAUUUUACCAUGGUUGAUAUCCGAGGAAAGGAUGUUCCAACUGCCAGUGAGAUGCAGCUUGAGGCCACAGAAGACCCCGAAGAAGGCCUUAAACUUUCUCUGGAGUUUUCCAGCACCCUCUACGGAAACCCAGAGAUGGAGCGAUUCUUGGACAACUUCAUCGCCUUCAUGAACAGCGCUAUCCGCGACCAUCGUCAACCAGUUUCUGAAAUCUCUAUGGUUGGCCCAAAGGAGCUUUCUCAUUUGAAGAACAACUUCUUCGCCAUGGAAUUCACUAAGAACACAUGGGAGAACCAAUCUGUCGCUGGCCGCAUCCUCGAUAUUGCCCGUCAAUACCCCAAUGAUGUCGCUAUUGAGACCUCCAGCGGAGGCAGCAUUACCUAUAAAGCUCUUGUUGAGAAAGCACAGAAGGUUGCCGCGGCCGUUGAAGCAAACGGAGUCACGGCCGGCUCGAAAGUCGGAAUCUUUUCCACCCCAGGAGUGAAUGCAAUUUCCGCCAUGCUUGGAUGUCUCUUUGCUCGAUGUGGUUAUGUUGCACUUGACCCCAGCUUCGCAACUGAGCGUCUUUCCUUCAUGGCCAAUGACUCGGGGAUGAAACUUCUCCUCACUGAGCAAGAACUUGAAUCCAGAGCUCAGGAGAUUUCCGGCAAAGCUGCUACCCCUUUGAAGUCCGUCGUUAUCGAGGCUAUCUCUGAGCAACCACAAUCUACUCAGACGCCACACAAGACCGCGAACGAUGAUCCUUUCUACAUGAUCUACACCUCGGGAAGCACAGGCACUCCAAAAGGUGUAAUCUUGAGUCAGUCAAACACUCAACAGAUGCUAAGCACUCUGCACCACGACUAUAAAUUUACCGCCAAAGACCGUUUCCUUCAUCAUUCUUCUAUUUGUUUUGAUUUAUCUAUUGUUCAAAUUUUUUCUGCACUUACCUGCGGCGCCCGCGUCUGCGUUGCCUCCGCCUCGACUCGAAAGGACCCAGUUGCCCUCGCCAAAUAUAUGGAGUCCUCUCAGGUUACCGUUACUUAUUUUACGCCAACUCAAUUUGCCCUUCUCAUUGAAAACGCCAAACCAAGUCUUCAGAACAUCCGCAAGUACCGAAUUGCUUACUUCGCUGGGGAGAGAUUGCCAGUUCGUGUGGCAAGAGCAUUCUAUGACCUUGGAACCCCAGCCGUUGUCCUAAACACAUGGAGUCCCAGCGAGCUUGUCGUGCAAACGACCAUCCAGAAUGUUGAAUAUCCUAGUGAAGACGAAGUCAGCAUCCCAAUUGGGUUCCCCAUGGCAAAUACUCGACACUACAUCCUUGACAACAACUGCCAGCCCCUCCCAGCUGGAUUCAUUGGUGAGAUUGUUGUUGGAGGCGCUCAAGUUGGCCUCGGAUACCUUAACCGACCAGAAGCAAAUAGAAGCUCAUUCGUGGUUGACCCGUUCUGUUCCGAGGAAGAUCGUCAGGUUGGCUGGACAAGAAUGUUCCGAAGUGGUGAUAAGGGUCGAUUCCGCCCUGAUGGAAGCUUGGAGUUCCACGGCCGUAUUGCAGGCGACAAGCAAAUCAAGCUCCGAGGAUUUCGUAUCGAUCUAGGCGAAGUUGAGCAGAGACUAUUCGUGGAAUCCAAGGACGAGAAUGGAGAGCCACAAAUUGUUGAUAUUUCUGUUGUUGCUCGCUCGCCCACAACAGCCGACCCCCAGGACAUCACCGACAGUCGUCAACUGGUUGCCUUUGUGGUCACCAAGAAGCCGUUCGCCGACCAGAAGAGCAAGCAAGCCUUUGCAUUUGACCUGAACACCAAGGCAGGAUGCCACCUCAACAACUAUAUGCUUCCUAAUGGUUAUCAAUUCUUGGAUGUUCUCCCCGUCACUAUUGGAGGAAAGGUUGAUCGCCAACGCCUCCUCAACUGCGACCUUUCACUCACCUUCCCUGCUGCCCCAAGCGAAACCGACGAGUCUCAAACACCAAACUCUAGCGAUAAACCCGAUGAUAAACUUGUCAAUGCCGUCUUGAAAGGAUUCCGAGAGAUCUUAAAGCUCCCCGAGGACCAGGAAAUUGGCGUCAAUGAUAGUUUCUUUGAGCUCGGUGGCCAGAGCAUCCUCAUGCUCAGACUACAGGCUAAGCUCAAGCGCGCCCUCAAAGUCACUCCAACCCUCGCCAUGAUGUUUGAAAAGCCGACCCCGAUGGGUAUCGCCCAUGCCAUCUGGAGUAAGUCAAAGGACGCCUCCGACGGUGAAAUUGAUUGGGAGAAGGAAACUGAAUUGGUGGACGCUCCUCAAUACACUCUGGACCAAACACUGCCUGAUAUCGCCCCCUCUGAAAUUACGGAUGUCCUCCUUACCGGCGUCGAAUCUUUCCACGGCAUCCAUAUGCUUGCUACCCUUCUCAGAGAAAGUCCCCAGAUCACGAUCCACGUUCUCGGGCUCGAGGAGCCAACGUCCUCUGAGGAUGUCUUCAAAGUGAUGGAGCAGUGGGAGCUGUUGCAAUUCUUCCCGGACCGUGAAGCAGUCUCCUCUCGCAUCAAAUGUGUUCCUGGUGCCAUGGCGUACCCAUGCCUUGGUCUAUCGGUGGCCGACUUCAAAGAGCUAGGCCAAAGCAUCCAGUCCAUCUACAACUUCGCCUCCCAUGUCUCGCUUCUUCAAUCCUACGACGACCUUCGAAGCUUUAACGUUGAGCCCAUCCGCGAAAUUAUUGAACUCGCUACACUAGGUCGCUUCAAGACCCAUAUUCAUCACCUGUCGACCUGGUCCGUGAUGCACAUUCAAUCAUGGCAGACAACCGUUCGCAAGAGAAGAGGCCGCCCAGUCACCCAAGAGACCAGCGCCAAUCAUUUCACACCCGAGGGCAACAGUCGCUUCGGCUACUUUAAAUCGCGCUGGGCAUCUGAAAUGCUCAUCGAGAAGGCUGCCGCUCGAGGCAUCCCAUGUUCGAUCUACCGUGCCUCCGCCAUCACCGCCAGCACCGAGACCAACGGGAUCGAGCCCGACGACAGUUUCGCCCGACGCAUGGUCCUAGGCAUCGUCGAGUCCAACGGCAUCCCCAAGAUCGGCCAACGCGGCCUCGAGUUUGUGAUUGAUUUCAUCCCCAUCGACUACAUGACCAAGUGCGUUCGUGCCCUCUCGCUAUCCGACGGUCUCAGCCGUCAAGACAAUAUCGCCACCAUCCACCACAUCGCGAACCCGAGUCCGAUCAAGACCCCCCAGCUCGUCGACAUGAUGGCAGAGAUCAAGUCUGAGCCCAAUGUGAAGGCCGAGAUCCUGAGCAAGGACGACUGGCUCAACGGCAUGCAGCGAAUUGACACCGAGCCCGGCGCGGAGAUCCGAUGGACAGUGCUGAAGGAAUACUUUGAGGUCGGCCACAACAUGUUCGCCCUUGACCAGCGAAAGACCAAGGCAAUCCUGAAGGACCUGGGAGUCGAGCCAUGCUUCAGCAUCGGAGUCGAUGUCCUCAAGGCCGUGUACGAAAAGGAGAAGGCCGCCCGGAAGCCCAGCGCCUAG